CUCUUAAACGAUAACAAGUACAUUUAGAACUGAACCAAACACAUACUUGACAAACGACGUCGGUGCAGUUAUACGGUGUCGUUUCAAUAAGAGCACUUCAUCACACGUACCUUUAUUUUUAUUUUUCCUCCGUUAAGUAAAUUCCACUCAUCUUCUUCAUCCAACAGAUCUGAUCAAUUUCUCUUUUCCCGGGAAAAAAAUCAACAAAACCAAUCAUCAAUCUCCGGUGAAGCCUCCCGUCGGAAACCAAUCGAGAGAAAAAAAUGUCUCACAACGACACGAUUCCGCUUUACCAAUCCUCGCAAUCAGACAUAGACGAGAUCGAAAACAUGAUGAACCAAGAAUUCCAAUCAGGACCCGGAACAGUCCUCCCCGCCCGUCCACCAAGCCCGAUCCGUCCCUCAAUCCCCGUCACUUCCUCCCCCUUCGUCCAAUCCAACCUCCCACCUCUCCCUCCUCCCUCCUCCUCCUCUCAGAAGGUGACGUCUGUCCCCGUACCUCCGUCUCUUCCUCCGCCUUCUUCAGGUAACUUCGGGGGAGGAUCCGAUGGGAAGACGAUCGGGGGAAGCGGGUUCGGGCCGCCGCCGAACACGUUGACGGAGCCGGUGUGGGAUACGGUGAAGAGGGAUCUGGCGAGGAUAGUGAGUAAUUUGAAGCUGGUGGUGUUCCCGAAUCCGAAUAGGGAGGAUCCCGGGAAGGCGCUUAGGGAUUGGGAUCUUUGGGGUCCGUUUUUCUUUAUUGUUUUCUUGGGGCUUACUCUCUCUUGGUCUGCUUCUGUUAAGAAGUCAGAAGUAUUUGCCGUGGCAUUUGCACUACUUGCAGCUGGAGCAGUGAUCCUCACACUAAAUGUGCUGCUCCUGGGAGGACAUAUAAUAUUUUUCCAAAGCCUAAGCCUUUUGGGUUACUGUCUGUUUCCACUGGAUGUUGGAGCAGUGAUCUGCAUGUUGAAGGACAAUGUGAUACUCAAAAUGAUAGUUGUGUGUGUGACUCUUGCCUGGAGCUCUUGGGCCGCUUAUCCUUUCAUGAGCGCAGCAGUGAACCCAAGAAGGAAGGCUCUUGCACUUUACCCUGUCUUCCUCAUGUAUGUCUCUGUCGGCUUCUUGAUCAUUGCCAUUGAUUGACUCUAUCUGAAAAAAAUGGAGAGAUAGUUUUCCUUUGAUUCAGUUUGGAAAUCAUUUGAUACAAAGUAGAUAGAGAAAUCUCCAACACCACGAACUAAUCUGAGUUCUAGUGAGAUCAUAUGUAUUAUAUGCUCUUUAAACACUUUUUUGUUAAAUUCUGGUCGACUUGACUUUAUUUGGUGUAUGAGACCUUUGAUUGAGAAUCGUUGUAACAAAGUUCUUAUGCUAAGACCAGGCUGUUUUGUUUACCUUAUGAUACACAAUAAUGCUAACUGUACAUGACUUUGUAUUACGAACUACAAUUUAUUUUAAGGGAUUUCCA